GCCCGCAGCGGAGGAGGACGCGGACGAAGGGGUGGAGAGCGGCUGUAGCGGCCGGGGCAGGCGGAGGCAGGAAAGGCUUCAGCCAUGGCCUCGGGCGACACCCUCUACAUCGCCACGGACGGCUCGGAGAUGCCGGCCGAGAUCGUGGAGCUGCACGAGAUCGAGGUGGAGACCAUCCCCGUGGAGACCAUCGAGACCACCGUGGUGGGCGAGGAGGAGGACGAUGAAGAGGAUGACGAGGACGGUGCGGGAGGCGGCGCGGGGGGGGGCGGCGGCCACAGCGGCCACCACCACCAUCACCAUCACCACCACCACCACCACCACCCGCCCAUGAUCGCCCUGCAGCCGCUCGUCACCGACGACCCCAGCCAGGUCCACCACCACCAGGAGGUGAUCCUGGUGCAGACCCGCGAGGAGGUGGUAGGCGGCGACGACUCAGACGGCCUGCGGGCCGAGGACGGCUUCGAGGACCAGAUCCUCAUCCCCGUGCCCGCGCCGGCCGGCGGCGAGGAGGACUACAUCGAGCAGACGCUGGUCACGGCCGCGGCGGCCGGCAAGAGCGGCGGCGGCUCGUCGUCGUCUGGCGGCGGCCGGAUGAAGAAGGGCGGUGGCGGGGGCAAGAAGAGCGGCAAGAAGAGUUACCUGAGCGGCGGCGGCGGAGGGGCAGGCGGCGGUGGCGGAGGCGGUGGGGCCGAGCCGAGCGGCAGGAAGUGGGAGCAGAAGCAGGUGCAGAUCAAGACCUUGGAGGGGGAGUUCUCCGUCACCAUGUGGGCCUCAGAUGAUAAAAAAGAUAUUGACCAUGAGACAGUGGUGGAAGAACAGAUCAUUGGAGAGAAUUCACCUCCUGAUUAUUCUGAGUACAUGACAGGCAAGAAACUUCCUCCUGGAGGAAUACCUGGCAUUGACCUCUCAGAUCCUAAACAACUGGCUGAAUUUGCUAGAAUGAAGCCAAGAAAAAUUAAAGAAGAUGAUGCUCCAAGAACAAUAGCUUGCCCUCAUAAAGGAUGCUCAAAGAUGUUCAGGGAUAACUCUGCCAUGAGAAAACAUCUGCACACCCAUGGUCCUAGAGUCCACGUAUGUGCAGAAUGUGGAAAGGCUUUUGUUGAGAGUUCAAAACUAAAACGGCAUCAACUGGUUCAUACUGGAGAGAAGCCCUUUCAGUGCACGUUCGAAGGCUGUGGGAAGCGCUUUUCACUGGACUUCAAUUUACGCACACAUGUGCGAAUUCAUACUGGAGACAGGCCCUAUGUGUGCCCCUUCGACGGCUGUAAUAAGAAGUUUGCUCAGUCGACUAACCUGAAAUCUCACAUCUUAACACAUGCUAAGGCCAAAAACAACCAGUGAAAAGAAGAGGGAAGAAUGUUCUCGAACUCGAGAAGCAUCUUACAGGAGUAUGAUUGGAAAUAAAUAUGCCUCUCCUUUGUAUAUUGUUUCUAGGAAAGAAUUUUUAAAAAAAAAAUUGAAUCCUACACACCUAAAGGACAUGUUUUGAUAAAGUAGUAAAAAUAAAAACGAAAAAAAACAAAAAAGAAAAAACAAAACAAAAAAAACUUUUAAGAUGACAUUGCUAAGAUGCUCUAUCUUGCUCUGUAGCCCAGUUUCAAGAACACGGUGUUUUGUAAAGUGCAGCCCCAAUAGGAGGCUAAUUCAUGAACUUGCAUCAAAAAGACAAUUCUUUAUACGACAGUGCUAAAAAUUGGACUUCUUUUCACAUUCUUAUAAAUAUGAAGCUCACCUGUUGCUUACAAUUUUUUUAAUUUUGUAUUUUCCAAGUGUGCAUAUUGUACACUUCUUGGGGAUAUGCUUAGUAAUGCUAUGUGUGAUUUUUUCCGGAGGUUGAUAACUUUGCUUGCAGUAGAUUUUCUUUAAAAGAAUGGGCAGUUACAUGCAUACUUCAAAAGUAUUUUCCUGUAAAAAAAAAAAAAAGUUAUAUAGGUUUUGUUUGCUAUCUUAAUUUUGGUUGUAUUCUUUGAUGUUAACACAUUUUGUAUAAUUGUAUCGUAUAGCUGUAUUGAAAUCAUGUAGUAUCAAAUAUUAGAUGUGAUUUAAUAGUGUUAAUCAAUUUAAACCCAUUUUAGUCACUUUUUUUGGAAAAAUACUGCCAGAUGCCGAUGUUCCGUGUAAUUUCUCUUUGCCUGUUCAGUUACAGAAAGUGGUGCUCAGUUGUAGAAUAUAUUGUACAGGCAUUGACUUUUUAUUAACACCCAGUAUGUACAUCCCAUGUAAUAGAGAGGGCAACAAUAAAAUAGUGGUCCUAAAGGAAGAAAAUGGCAGAAAAAUGAUCUGUAAGCACAGUCUUUUUUUUUUCUUUUUUUUUUUUUUUGUCCAGAAUAAUAAUUUUUGAGCCUCCCAGAAAUUAGAAGCUAAAUAAAGCUACUCAAGUUUCCUUUACUUUUGCAUUCAAUUACAGUGAUUUGUGAUGAAAGCGGUGCCUGAAAUUUACAGACCAUUGUAUAUUUAAGAUCUGCCUAAAGACAAAAUAGGUAAUGAACAUCUUGGGUUAGAGAUACUUGAGAGCUCCUCAAGUUGAAUUGUUGUUGGUGAUGCGUUUGUUCUUUCAGCACCCACCUCUGCCAUGGCAAAGCCACUCAGUAAAGCUGUGUUGACAGUGACCACCCUUAUGUGCUUUGUCAAGGUAAGAUAUUCCCGGUGGCAUUUGGGGGCUGCAGAUGGGUUUGAGUAGGGGGGUUGAGGCAGUGCACAGAAGAAUUUGGGUUACUCAUUACUCCAGUGAGAUUGUAUAUCCAAACCUUUAUUUACAGCCUUGAAGUUGCCUUUAAGGUCAUCAGUGAGCCUUUGAGCCUUCCCCUUAAUGUGUUUGUUUUUCCAGUAGAAGAAUGGGCUGUUUCUAAGCUUUUGUUCCUCUCUCUAGUAGAGUCUUUCAAUGCUAGUUUCCCCAUUGGUACCAGUCAAAGAGUCACUGAAGAACUGGUAACCUGCAUGCUUCCAAAUAGACAGUGAGUGCAAUUUUGCAAGGUGACUAUCAUUAGACUGUUACAAAAUUGUACUCAGGGAAUAUUUUACCUCUCAUAUUGUAGGUAUGAUUAUAAUCUCGGAAUUUUUAUUCAAGGAAUAAAAUUAAGUAUCAGACACAUUGAAAAUAUUUUUUACAAACUGCCACAAUACAGUAAAUUCCUUAUCCAAACAGCCAGAUGCUUUUUUCUAUGUCAGUGCUUUUAUGAGAGACUGAAACAAGUAAAGUAGCUGUUAUCAGUGAUUUCUUUAUUGAAAAAUAAUUUCUAGGCUAUAUCAGGGUUAAUUGAUUCAGUCCAUCUAUCCCAUCUCCUAAACUUUCUAUAUGUAUUGUCCCAUACAAUAAUCAUCACUUAGACUUUCGCAGGGCCUCAGGGUCAUCAUAAGUGCCUUCUGAACUGUUAAGAAAGGUUAGGUUGAUUUUAGUAUUUUGGUGAUAUAUAAGAAAUAACUGUGUGGACUAAAUGGAUUUAAUUAUGUAAUUAACAUUUUGCUUCAUUUACAAUCAUUAAUUGAUCCACGCCUGCUAUCAUAAUACUUAUUUGGUGGUCAUUUAAAUAAUAGUAGUGGUUGUCAAAUGGUUAGGCCCUAUGUGGGUUCAUGCUAGCUAGAUGAUUAGUGAGAAACUGCAAAGAACUUUAGACACCUAUUCCAAUCCACUUACUUUACAGAUGAGGAAAUUGAGGCCCAAAGAGAAAUGACUUCCCCAAUAUCAUGGCAGAUUUUCUCUUUAUCUCUUAGUCCAAUGUUCUUUCCAGUUUAGGGGAAGGGAUAAAAAUCUCAGGCAACCACCUUUGACUCCUAGGUUGCAUGUUCUAUACCAGGUAAAAGUUUGAUAUUCAGUUAAUCAUACCAGUGGGGAAAACCUGGGCUGCGAGUUCAGAGAUAUGUGUGCUAGUCCUGGUUUUGUCUUACUUGCUAUGUGACCUUAAGGAUAUCACUUUUGCUUUCUGAACUGGAGUUUCCCCAUCUAUAAUAUAAGGGAGUUGGAACUUGGUAUUCUAGGUUCCUUCCAGCUUUGGAGUUCUGUGUUCCACAAUCCCAUUCCUCAGCCUUUAGAGAUACAUAGGACUUUACUGUAUUUGGCAGUAUGUGUAAGAAGUAAGCCCUUGGAUGGAUUUCUAACUUUAAACUGUGUGCUGGCACACAUACUAUGCUUUGAUUAGACCUGAGGCACAGAGUCCAAUUUAUUAAUGUAAUAUAGAAUGGUUCAUACUUUCUCUGACUGUCCUAAGGCUUAUUCGUGUCUGUGUGAGGUUAUCAGAAUUCCAACUGAGCCACUAGUUUGCUUUAUUCUUAAGUCAUAGUUACAUUUUCCAUUUAUCAGUCUUAUAAUACACUGGAAUCUCACCAUGACUGAGAUCAGGUUGCCCAGAAAUCCAUCUGCUAAUUAUACACAUUAGACCUCCUUGGAAAGGGGGUCCAAGACAGGCCCAUGUUUAUAUAAAGCAAAUCUCUAAGGUAGACCUUUUUUUCCUCUGUGCCUUGUUAACCCCUGGGCAUGUCUUGAACCAUCUUUUCCAACCAACCCUUCCUAUUCUCAUAGCCUCCUUUCACACUAAGAGUAUAGUUCAAAUUUAUCUUGUCCAUAUGGAAAGUAUGGAUUUUUUUUUUUUUAGAAAGUUUCACGUGGGGAUUAGUAAAAAUAAUAUACAACUUCUUUAUUAAGGGAUUACAGCGAAAGUUAAAUGAUUGACAACCUUGAAAAAAGUAGUAGUUCUUUAACUUUGUUGAUCUUGAAUUGUGCUACUUAACGUUUUAAUUUAUAAUUUGCUAAAAAUACUAAAAUUGUUAAAGGGCUUCUGAGAAUAGGUUUGAAGAUUUGACUUGAUUUAUGAUACUCCCAUUCAUUUUCUUAUCUGUAAGCAGAUAUAAAUGCACAUUUCUAGGCUAUGUGACAAAUUCCAGAGGCAGGUUACAUUUCAUCAAAUGUUUAUGUUUUUGAAUUUCUGAUUAGUCUGUCAGUCCAGAGAAUUAGCCUCUUACAAGGUGACAAAUUAAAACUUCAGAUGAUCAGACCCCAAAACUUGAGGAAUUUUGAAAACAAUUGAUCUGUAAUUUGUCCCUAUUGCAGACGUUUAUUAACUGGCAUGAUGAGAAGGGCCUAUCUUAAUUAUUGCAAAAAAUAAACUUGUAAGCAGUUUUGAAUGAAAUGGCUGUAUUGGUCUACAAAGCCUGACUAGGUAGAGGUCCUGUAUUAUUUUUUCCUGAAUAUAUACAUAAGAAUUUGAUUAACAAAUUGAUUUGUAUGCAAAUGGUUCUGCUAAUGUACUUUUUGGAGUACUUCUAUAGAAACUCAUUAAAUCCUAAUAUGUGCAGUAUAUCGUGCCAAGCCUGCUAGAGAUGGAACAAUUAGGCUGUGUCCCUGUCCAAAAAUCUUAGUUUAUUGUGAAGAGUAAAUGGGUACACAGGAGAAUGCAAAUUAAAAUAUGAAAGUGCCUAGGAGGAAGAUAAAGAGCUACUAAAUAAAAUGUGGGAAAGGUCUGUUAAACUGUUAGAAGGGUUUAAAGUAUCCUGUUCUGUUUUUUCCCCUAUUACUCAUUAGCUUGGUGUUUGUAGAUCAGGUAUAAGGUAAUAAUAUAUAUAAGGUGUAAUCUUCAACUUAACAUGCCCAAGUCUGUGACAUUCCAGUUGUGUUAGGAUUUGCUGAAUAUUUGUUAUCAAGUUUGAGACAGUCACUUUGAAUACAUUUCUGAACCUACAGCCUUUUAUUGAUCUAACUACUUCCACUACAGGCUUAUUCCUAUCCCUGUGUAGCCCAGUUUGUAUGAUCUUUUGUGCAAUAACUGGAAAUUCUCAGCUGAUCCCCAUGGAGAAAGUGAAUGAAUGAAACUCAAAGGCCAUAAGUAAAACAUUUAACAAGUGUCAAAGACCUGAGCUACUUUUCUAAGAUGCUGCUUUGGCCUGAGAGCCUUUUUCUAGGCUUUUCCUUCCUGGCUCAGGUAGUAGACCAAGGAAAGGCUUGCAUGCCUAUGUUCCUGUCCAGACUUUUACAAAACCAAGAGUGAUGCGCAACCUAGACUGGCCAAAAAUUUUGAGUCUCCCCCUGCCAACACCUUCAGUGUCAUAGGGAACUUACAUAUUCAAUAAUUGUUAAAGCACCUAUCAUGUAUGUACAAAGUACUAUGCUAGGUACUGCAGGGGAGAUAGGCUAUAAGAGAAAAUGAAAGGGACAUGUCAUCUAACCCCAUUUUUUUUUUAUUAUUAUUGACAGCUUUUUAUACCACUCACUUUGGAUUAAUGGGACAAAUACCCAUCAUAUAGAUGGAAAUAAGGUACAGAGAGGUGAAAUGUUUCUUUUUCCUAGGUUACCUGAGUAAAGAGCUGGGAUUUGAACCCAGAUCCUCUUGACUCCAAAUUUCUAUUCCCCACAUUGUAGUGUUUCCAACAGGAGACAACUCAUACACAAAUAUGCAUUUCUAUACAAAGUAUAUAUAGUGUAGGGUAAAAGGCAUUAUAGAUACAAAGUACUUUUCUAGGGAGGAUCAUUUAGGGUUGGGGGCAUAUAAGAAUUCCUAGAGAAGGUAGUAUUUGCUUCUUGGCUUUGAAACUGUAAGAAACAUUCCAACAGAAGGAGCUGUAGAAAGGAUAGCAUUAGCCAAGGUGUAGGAGUGGUAAGGAAGUGCUACAAUAUGCAGAAGAGAUCAAGUGGUUCGUUUUGGCAGAAGAGGAGCACAUGUGGAAAGGAGUGCUAUGAAAUGAAGCUGGAGAGGUAAAGAAUACCAGAGAGUGGUGGGCUCUCAGCGCUUGACUGAGAUCUCCAUAGACAAUUUUUAGGUGACAGGAAGCCACUAAGGGGCAACAUGACUAGGUAUAUGCUUAAGGAAGGUGGCAACAAGAGAAAUACGGUUGAGAGGGAAAAGGAUGGGCAUGCAAAAUCCCUGUUGGGCUAUUUCAGUGUUCCACAUUUGAGGUAGUGAUCCUUCCCCCUGUGUUAGGGUGAUGAGCACAAGGGGAGGUCACCAUGGAAGCGCUACGUCCUUGUGUAGUUUUGUAGAGAAUGGAGACGAGUGACCCUGUGUUUUGUGUUUUGUUUUUUAAACAGGCCUGAGCUUAGCCUUUAAGGAGGGUCUUUAAUGCCAGUUAAUCAAAAUACACCAGAAUUCCUUAGUAGUCAGGGGAUUCAGUCAGCAAACCUCAGGCAUGUAAAGCUUAUUGGAAGCAACCCUGGAUCUGGAAGUGAAAGGCCUGGAUUCAAAAUCUGACUUAGCUCCCCUGAUCUUAUGUUUUAAAUCUGGAUGUAGCAAAUUACUAAAUUCUUAGGUUUCUCUUGAAUCUGGUUGAUUUCAUGUGUAAUUCUCUAAAUAGACUACCACCGAAUGUAAGUCGUAACACCUAAGAUAAUACCUGUUUGAAAGGAAGAAAAUAUGUAAGUAUCUGCUAAUGAACGCCUUGUGAUUUCAGCCAUGCAGUGGCAAGUAUCAUUGUAUCAAAAAGAGCUUGGACUUGUUUAGGCUGAGAAGACGUGUGUUGAAUCCACCACUUAAUAGCUGUGUGACCUCAGACAAACUCUUUUCUUUGUAAAAUGGAGAUGUUUUGCCCAACCUACCUCACAGGGUUGUUGUGAGGAAAGUGCUUUGUAAACCUUAAAGUGUAAUGUAAAAGAGUUGUUAUCCCUGUGGGUACUCCUUCCACACAUGCCGAUCAUGUAGCAGCAGGUUGUCAGGAGCUGCUUUGACCAAAACGUUAAUCACCCGUUGGCAAAACCUGGUGAUGAGAAUGCAUUUAGCUGGGCUGUUACUCAGACAACAAACAGAUUCUGAGAACAAAAAUUUAAAAAAAAAAAAAGAAACCUGUGCCAUGAUAAGG